AUGGACACCGGCAUUAUUGGGCCCGUUACCGUCAUGAAGAGCUUCACCGAACAGUUUGGCAGCCAGUCCGCGACGGUCCAUGGGCUCCUAGUGUCUUCUAUCCUCAUUCCCGCCGCGAUUUCGUCUUUCUUUGCUGGGUUCCUAGCAGAUAAGCUCGGGAGGCCCAAGGGCAUUAGCAUUGGAGCUUUGAUCUUCGGCAUCGGAGCCGCUCUGGAAGCUGCAGCUGUCCACAUCGCGAUGUUCGUCAUAGGCCGAGUCAUCGAAGGUAUUGGAGAGGGUCUCUACCUUGGUACUCUGGUAGUGUAUAUCUGUGAAAUUUCUCCGCCUAAAGUCCGAGGGGCUUUGACUACCGGCCCGCAGUUGCUGAUCACGUUGGGAUUGGUCAUUGGAUUUUUCACCUGCUAUGGAACAGCUCGCAUCGAGUCUUCAUUCUCGUGGCGUACCCCAUUCCUCAUCCUGGCCUGCCUUUCGGUCCUUUUCUCUACCGCCGCCCUGCUAUGGCUUGUCCCGUCCCCGAGAUGGCUGACACUCCACGGACGUCAAGCAGAAGCAGCUAGAACCUGGGAUCUCCUAGGCGUCAGUCCAGCCGAAAGAGAGAAGGUAGAAAUUGAGCAGGACCGAGGUACGCCGCUCGAGAUCCAAGUCUCCCGGGAGGUCAUCAGCAUCCCGAGCGUGACCCAGACGGCGCCUGCCACCAAGGAGCGGAUGAAAGCGAUCAAAGACAAGCUGUUGGAUAUAUUUUCGAAGGACGUUCGCUCUCGCACUGCCCUUGCAGUGUUCUUGAUGGGGAUGCAGCAGCUAAGUGGAAUCGACGGGGUCCUCUAUUAUGCCCCGAUGCUGUUCGAACAGGCUGGGCUUGCUUCUUCUGACUCCAGCUUCUUUGCAUCGGGUGUUUCAGCCAUUGUCAUCUUCAUCGUCACGAUCCCAGCCCUCAUCUGGGCAGAUAAGUGGGGUCGUCGCCGCAGUAUCAUCUAUGGAGGAAUCGGGAUCAGUGUCAUCAUGUUCUUGAUGGGGGCAUUAUAUGCAGGAAACGUAGUUCAUGCAUCAACUGGAGCUGGGCGCUGGGUCGUGAUCGUUGCCAUAUACAUUUUUGCGGUGAUUUAUUCACUCAGCUGGGCCGUUGGCAUCAAGAUAUAUGCGGCAGAGAUUCAGCCCCAGCGUACCCGAGCAUCGGCGACGAGUCUCGCGCAUGGAAGCAACUGGGCCGCCAACUUUCUGGUGGCACUCACUACGCCGAUCCUGUUGUCCAAGAGUAGCUUCGGCGCAUAUUUCCUUUUCGGCGGAUGCACAUUGAUCACCGCGUUCAUUUGUGCGAUCUUCAUGCCAGAGACAAAGGGUCGAUCUCUAGAUGAGAUCGAAGAGGCUUUCAAGUCCAGAUCUUUGGGGUCGCAGUCGCUUAUGAAGGUGUUCCGGCCUUUGACCAAGCACAGCUCUUAG